AUGGUCAAAUUUUUUAUUGUGCAGGCAUGUUCCAUAACACCCUCUGUGUCAACGUGGCUGAUAAAUAGUCUAGCCGAUACCACCUCCGGAGCGGCGAAUGACAUUUUAGCCCUCAAGCGACUAUGGAACGAUUUGCAUGAAGUGCCCGAACGAGUGAACUCUUUACUAGAUCGUCUGACAUUAGUCCAGUCAGUGCUAGACGACUUGGAGAUGGAGCUCCGCUACGACAGGCGAUUCUUCAACGACAACAGUGUCCUUAAUCUAAGCAUCCGCUACUGCAAAAAUGCGAAGGACAAGUUAGACGUGCUCGUGAGUGACUUCCGCCAGCGCGACAUGGAUAAAGUAGGCCCAACCGCAAACACAGGAAGGGUCAGAGAUCCUUUUGGGAAGCGAGUGAUACGCCGGCUUGAGGAUGACCUACGGGAUGCGAUGCAGUUUCUAGGCAUUGCACAACAGACGUACGCGAUGUAG